GGUCUCACACCAGAGGUCGAUUCUCUGGCAUCAGAAGAGAUCCGUCGCCUGCAGGAGCAGAACAGCACCCUGCGGGCUGUGGUUACCCAGAUGAGGAAGGACAUGGAGGGCCUCAGCCGUCUCCUACCCCAGCCACAGGCCUCCUCUCCUCAGCCAGUUCGGCAUCAAGGAGGCCCUCCCACCACCUUCUUUACGCCUACAGCUGACACUCAGACUGGACCACCGGCCCAAACCGCUGACAUUUCCUCCACCAUCAGCCCAGCAGACUACACUCAGGCUCUGGAGCAGGAGGUGUCCCAACUAAAGGCUCGAUGCAGGCACCUCGAGGAGAAGCUAGAAGGGGCUGUAGGACUCCCCAGCCUGGCUCCAGUCACAGAGGACCCGGUACCCACAGUUCCACACAACACACACCUACAGUACCAGGGGCAAGGUGGUCUUUGUUUGGAGAAUCGUGCUAACACCUCUGCUUUGAUGAGGCUGGAGGCCAGAGUGGCACACGUCAUAGAACAGAAUGCACAGCUCCGAGAGGAGAACCUGUAUUUGCAGCAGCAGCAGGCCUCAGGUCAGAUGUCAGUUGGUCUGUUUGAAGAUGUCCAGGGUGCUAAAAGCAACCCUCGUCUCCUGCACACCAGGCUGAAGCAGGCAGCGUCCUGCAUCGCCCGGCUGAGCAGAGAGAAACAGCAGCUGAUAGAGAUGGGCAACCGCCUCCGUGCACAGAUCACCACUGCUGGACUAAAGGAAGCAGUGGAACCAGAAAGGGACUCCUCCACAGAAAAACUAGGAGAGCAACAUGACCGACUGUCUGCUCUGGAACAGCUGCAGUACCAGCUCACCACACAGGAGCUGCAGUACGCUCUGAGGCAGAGGGUUUGCACUCUCGCUGAACAAGUCCUCCCUGGAACCCACAACCUAGGCCCUGCCACUAAAGGGGCUGCCAAUCCUAGGUCCCAGGGGCACGAAAGCGCAGACAGGCCUGAGCACUCCAAGAACAAAGAGAACACUCCUCCUCUCAGCCAGUCUGUGAGGUCCCUGGACCAUGGGCCACAGCCCCGCUCAGGUCAGUCCAGAUCUCUACUGUCAUCGGAGGAAUCACUGCGGUCAUUAAACCAGCUGUGGGAAAUACUGGACCAUGGACUCAGUCCAUCUAUUUACUCUGAAGAUCUUUUAGAGGGGCGGGGCCUACCAGCGCGAUGUUUGGCUGACAUCACAAAGCGUUCAGAAGUCAGUCCUGGGUCCAGUACAACUUGUGACAGUGUGAUGAGGGAAACCUGA